AUGGAGGAGAAAUCAGGACAAGGAAAUGAACCUACACCAUCAACUGGUUCACCCGCAGCGAGUGGACAGCAUUCAUUACCUCAGGAUGAGACCAAAGGAACAGAGAGUAAUCAGCGCGAGACCCGAAUGAAGAAAGAGAAUUUGUACAUGGUAUUAGCGCUUUGGAUGGAAAGUUUUCCGGUCAUGGAACAGCGAGACAAUGCCAAACACGUUAACAAAGUCGGUGUAGUGUUCGUAUUACCAACCGAUCGUGUCCUGACUGCCGACUGUAGUCGCGAUGGUGUUCAUGGUGUCGCCCGUGUCAUGAUCAACCACUGUGGGAAGCUUGAGGGCUGUAAAGUGUUUGUGUCUCGAAAACCUUGUUCCCUUUGCGCUAAACUUCUUGUACAGUCUAGAGUUUCGCGCUUGUUCUAUCUACCGACACAGCCAGAAUCGGACAACGAAGAAGAAUUAGAAACAGUGGACAACCUCUUCAAAACCAGUUCCGUUGGUCAAUCUGUCUUCGUCCCUUAUGUCGACCAAAGGGUCCUAGAUAGAGUGAAGAGGGAACUACCAAAAGAGAUCACGUCAGAUGAAAUCAGCAAGGAUCGAGAUGAGCUCUUCAAAAAAUGGUGGAGUGACGAAUGGUCGGUAAGAGCCCAAAAAGUUCUUCAUUGGCCUUGCUUCCAGGGUGAGAUGGAAAUUCAGAUCACCGUUGUCGAAGCCCCUGUGGACAAAGGUGUUUCUUUCCGGAAGGUUACGCUUGACGCCAAUUCUCGAGUGGCUCGUGGUAACGCUGCUGCUGCUGUUUUUUACCUUGACUUCGAUACAGCUCGCCACUUGAUAAUUUUUGCCAAAAUGCUUGCUACACAGACAGAUGACCCCAAGAAAGGCGUUUGAGCUGUCAUCGUAAAAGGCCUAGUUCCAGAGAUAGUGUCUCUUGGAUGGAAUGGCUUUCCAUCCAAGGCAUUGUAUGGUGAGUUUCCAAGAGCUUCCGAUGACGACAGUGCGCACCAAAAAAAGUUCCCUUAUGUGAUCCACGCCGAGCAGAACGCUCUGCUUGUAAGGAACGCCAAAGAUUUGACAAACGGAACCCUGUUUGUGACCAAGCCUCCAUGCGAUGAAUGUGCACCAAUGAUCAAGCUCACGGGAGUUAAGACCAUUGUAGUAGGUGAAAUGAUAGAGAAGAGUCAGGGAGGAUAUCUUUCCUACAAUCUAAUUAAAGAAUACAUUAAAAAAAAGGAAGUAAAAUGCUACCAAAUGGAACUCAAAGCCACAGAAUGAAAGCGUUUGGGGCCUUAUCCAGAACUAAGGAAGAAAAUGAAAUCGAGUUAAGUUGAUACGGUUUUGUGAACCUUUGUAACAGAUCUGUUGAGAUUGACGUACGUAAGAUUAUUAUCUUCCGUCUUACUCAGUAAUGAUAUAAAAAAUGUUUUUUUUUUGUCUAAUAUAAGAAAGAUUCAACUAAGCAUUAUUUUUUUGGCUCGUACUCAGGCAAGAUCGACUUCCCUUACAGGAAAGUUUUUGAUAUUUGCCUCGCAGAAGAAAUGCAGCUUAAAUUAUGCUUUUACGCGUCGUAUCCAUUCAAAGGAUAAGCUG